AUGUACUCCCCUUCUAAAGUUACUUUGGUUCAAGCUACGUUGAGUAGUAUCUCAAAAGGCGAACAACGUAAACGGUGGAAGAGGAAACCAACUCAAAAUACUUCGGAUAUUCCGUUGGAGGGUCCUGGCAAACGGAUAAUGGUGGUUGAGGAUGUAGUUAUGGAGGACAACACUUGUUCGAUUAUUGAAGCGGCGACCUCUGCUCAGCAGAGGCGCCGAGAGCAAUGGGUCGUCUUUGUUGGAACGUGCGAGGGUUGGGGAAUCCUUGCAUAUAAUAUUCGCUAUCAUCUUUCUCUUUCGGGAAAUUUUGUAGUGGACUGUUCGGGUUUCAAUGGCGGGCUUAUGUUGUUGUGGUCAGAUAGAUGGAAGGUAGAAAUUAAAUCUUUUUCGGUGGGACACAUUGAUGCGGUUAUCGAAGAUCAAGAGUUCAGACGUUGGCAAUUUACGGGAUUUUAUGGACAACCGAAGGCGGUGAAUCGACAUCAUAUGUGGAAUCUUAUUCGUAGACUCAAACCAUUGUCGAAUCUUCCUUGGCUUUGCGGUGGGGAUUUCAAUGAAACUUUACUGUUGGAGGAGCGUUGUGGAGGGGCCUUCCGGAACCAAGCUUAUUCUCGGGCUUUCCAACAGAUCCUCAUAGAUUGCAAUUUGGAUAAUAUUCCUUUUAAAGGAUUUCCCUUCACGUGGAACAAUAAAAGAAAAAGAGCGGUGAAUAUUCAAGCUCACUUGGACAGAUUUUUGGCCUCAGACGAUUGGUUGAAUCUUUUCUCUGAAUCUUGGUCUGAACAUCUUCCUUUCUUUUCAUCUGAUCACAAGCCCAUUCUUAUUCAUUCAGAGGAGAGACAGGCUCACGCACCGGUUUCAAAAAAUUGCCAGGUCAGAUUUGAACCAUUUUGGUUAAAAGAACAUGGUUACUUCGAUGUUGUUCGAGAGAGUUGGUCGAGAGGCCCGUCUUCCCCUUUUCGUCGUCAGAAAAACUUCAAGUUUUCUUCGAGCCUGUCCGACUGUAGGAAAAGGUUGCAGAAGUGGAGCAAAAAGUCCUUUUCGGGGUGGAAGCAAAUUUUGGAGAAGAAGGAGAAGCGACUUCAACAACUUUAUGAAUCUCCAGAUUCUCUGAAUUUAAUGGCCAUGAUUAAAGAACUAGAGUCAGAGAUUCAGAGACUCCAAUGCCGCGAGAAGGGUUUCAGGAAACAGAGGGCCCGUAUCGACUGGCUCAAUAAAGGAGAUUGCAAUACAAGAUUUUUUCAUUCUCGGGCUAAAGCCAGAUUUAGUGCUAAUCGAAUCGAUAAGCUUAAAAACGAGCAGGGAGAAUGGACACGAAGCGAGCAAUAUAUUGGUGAGCUUGUUUCCACGUUUUUUUAA